UCACACAUGCGGCAACACACUCCGCCGCGAGCCUCAGAAAGAAAAGCCAUGGAGCCUACCGAGAGCCCUUACGAGUACUACGACUACGAGGAGACGGAGAACUCCACCAUGUGCGACUACUCCGAGUGGACGCCGUCCUACUCGGUGAUCCCGGUGCUCUAUAUGCUCAUCUUCAUCCUGGGCCUGUCCGGCAACGGCGUGGUCAUCUUCACCGUGUGGCGGGCGCAGGGGAAGCGGCGGGCGGCCGACGUCUACAUCGGCAACCUGGCCCUGGCCGACCUGACCUUCGUGGUCACGCUGCCCCUGUGGGCGGUGUACACGGCCAUGGGCUACCACUGGCCCUUCGGGGUGGCGCUGUGCAAGAUCAGCAGCUACGUGGUGCUCCUCAACAUGUACGCCAGCGUCUUCCUCCUCACCUGCAUGAGCUUCGACCGCUACCUGGCCAUCGUGCACUCGCUCUCCAGCUCGCAGCUGCGCACCCGAGGCCACAUGCGCGCCUCCCUCGCAGCCAUCUGGACGCUGUCGGGCCUCCUGGCCGCGCCCACCCUCCUCUUCCGCACCACCCGGCACGACCCGGGCAGCAACCGCACGUCCUGCGCCAUGGACUUCGGCCUGGUGGUGACCAACAAGCGUCAGGAGAACUUGUGGAUCGCCGGGCUGAGCAUUUCGUCGUCCGCCCUUGGGUUCCUGCUCCCCUUCCUGGCCAUGAUGGUGUGCUACGGGUUCAUCGGCUGUACCGUGACGCGCCACUUCAACACCCUGCGCAAGGAGGACCAGCGCAAGCGCCGGCUCCUGAAGAUCAUCACCACGCUGGUGGUGGUCUUCGCCGCCUGCUGGAUCCCCUUCCACGUGGUGAAAAGCGCUGACGCCCUCUCCUACCUGGACCUGUUCCCGGCCACCUGCGCUUUCCUGCGCUUCCUGCUGCUGGCCCACCCGUACGCCACCUGCCUGGCGUACAUCAACAGCUGCCUCAACCCCUUACUCUACGCCUUCUUCGACCUGCGUUUCAGGUCGCAGUGCCUGUGCCUGCUCCACCUCAAGAAGUCCCUGCACGCCAGCCCCGCCAGCUCCUUGUCAUCCCAGAAGACGGAGGCCCAGUCUCUGGCCACCAAGGUCUAGCACGCCUGGAGGACUCAAAUCAUAUCUCGGUGCUCAUUUACUAGUUCUUGACUCCAUGGACUACAGACUUUUGGAGCACUUUGAAGUAGACUGUGUGGAAUGUAUCUCCAAAAAGGCCCAGGUUCUCUCUUUAUUUCUUAUUUUUGGUGGACCUCGACUCAAAUUUGCAACUGAAGAAUGAAAUGUUCUCAUUUUUUCAGAGGUGGCAUGUACUCGCACUCUGUACUACUACUGUAUUACUACAGAUACUUGUGUUAAAAAAAGACUGGUAAAAAUCAAAGUACUGAUUCAAAUCCUGUACUUAAGUUAAAGUGAAAAAGCACAGACUGAAAUAUACAAACGUAAAAGUGAAUCUUUACUGCCGUUCUCACACAAAAUAGUUUCCCUCUUUCACAACCUUACAUCACAUCACAUCACAUGUCGCAUGGUGUUGUUGUUUUGUUUUGUUUUUUAAACCAAGAGCUAGCUAGAAUUGACUCUUCAAAACAACCUGUUCCGAUUGCCCUGCUAAUGUUGUGAACAGACUAACAAAAAAUGCUGAAUUAGCGAACAAUAACAACAGAAAAAAUACACCUUACUCGUAUGUUUUUUUCAGAUUAGACAAAGAAUGUUAUGUUUCUAGGCUAGCACAAGAGAACACAUUUGCCACGAAUCAUUCUUGUAGCUGACAACAUCAAACAGUUCUCUUCAAUCAGGCCAUGAAUGGGGAAUAUCUUGCUUCUCUGAAUCUGUUGCCAUUGUCGUUUAUGCUCCCCGGUUCUUCCGUGUUGCUGCUGUCCUUGUUUUUUUCCCCGUCCACACGAUCUCAAUCAAUCAAGAUCUCAACUACAGUUGAUUUUACCUCUCUCUAUUCACAUCUUUUUUACACCGUGCCAUCAUCCGGAGGUCGAAAAAAGCCUAUUUUGACAAAGUAAGGUCUACAGAUGUAGGGAAUCCUCAGAAAAGAAGAUACUUGAAGUACAGUAACCAAGUGUUUGUACUUUGCCUCCCACCACUGCAUUUGGUGUGACAACCUGGCAAGACGUCAGCCUGCAGUGUGUUACUACAGUCGUGUGCGUGAGUGUGUGUCAGUAUGAGGUGGCGGGCUCUGAUAAGCGUGAUAAAAAGAGACGGGGGUCUCGGGAUGCAAGGAGGGGGUCUAGACAGGCGGACAGAUGGCAGCUGACAAAUGUUUUCAGACUGCCAGGACUGAGAGCCCAAUUAAAAGGUGACUACUUUGACGGGCUAUCU